AUAAGUAAUCUACGACCAGGAAUAUCUAAGGCUCAUUUAUUAAUAAUGAAACGGUUAUGCAGUGCAAAUAACUUUAUAUAAGCUAACUAACCUCUCUGAAUUUUGGGGUAAAUAUGAUAACGAAAACCGUUUCGUCAUUGUGUACUGCGGUGUAGUCGCUAUCCCCUGGUAAAAAGACCGAAAUCGAAUUAAGCAUGUACGCCAUAGGUGCAGACAGGAUCCAUGAUGGCCUCAGAAAUGAACUUAUGUGGUUGGGCUUCAUUAGGAGAGUGCUCACCACCUUGACCAUGCAGCUCAUUGUCACCUUUGGACUGGCCGCCAUGUUCGUGCGGGUGCCCUCGUUCAGCGUCUACGCCGAAAACAACUUAAGGACAUUCGGGUUCUCCUUAGGCGUGAUGUGCGCCAUGAUGCUCGCCCUCGUCCACAGUGGCAACCUGAGGAAGAAGUCGCCGGAUAAGUACAUAGUGCUGCUCGUGGUCGCAUCUGCGAGGCCUACAUGCUCGGGGACAUGA